AUGCCUGCCGAGACAAUAAUUUACACAAAUUUAGAGACAUUUGUUCCAAAAUUAUUUGAGAAGCCUUCUCUUACAAAUGAUCUUAAUAAAUUAUUAUCUAGUUUCUUUAUCUCAAUCUCGGCCGUAUUCAAAUUAUAUACCGCGCAAUCAGAAUUUGUUGCUGAUAUUUUAUCUUCAAUUUGCAAGCUUUUAGAAACAAUUACACAAUUUUCUUCUAAGGCAGAACUCGAAGUUCAAACCUACAAAGAAUUAUUUUACGUAGUUGUCGGAAUCAUGGAUUUCUUGUUGAUAAAUGAAAAUCAGACAAUUAACACAACUACGCAGCAAACAUACAUCAAAACUCUUAUGGACAUUUUACUCGUACUUUCUCUCGAAAGAGAUCAGUUCUGGAACGACACAAAAAAUAUUUGGAUCGAAUGGAACAAAAAUAACAUGUUUACAUGCGUUCUCUGCCAGCAAUUCGAAAGAUACACGUUCGAAUACCUCAAGAUACACUUCGAAGAUGACAAAAACGCUACUUCGUGGCUACCUGGAGAACUCGAAUUUGAUUUGAACGCAAUUACAAGACUUCUUGAUGUUUCGAAGGUUGUCAAGAUCGCUGACUUCGUUAAGAACUACACUACAACAAUGAACAGGCUUAAUUCUAAGGUUUCUUCGUUAUGUAAAUCAAAAUCGAACAUUUUCUCAAGCAAGUUCCCUGUUUCAAUCAUAGCAGCAUACUUUAUUGAUAAGUCACUUGAUAUUCUCUCUCGAUCCGUUUCCGUUGAUCUUUUGAACGAAUUAAUUUCUUUGAUUUCGUAUUGCGGAUAUACAAAAGAAACUUAUCCAUUUGUUGAGCGCACAAUACAAGUAAUCAACAGUAUCAUCUCCAAAUUCAUCUCUUCUUCCACAAACGCCUCAGAAAAACUCAGUUUUAUCAGUAUUUACUACAACCCGAAUUUUGUCCCUUACAUGACAAUCUCCAACCACGCAUUAAAUCUCGCCCACAUUAUUAUCGGCGGAUUUACAGAAUACAACGGCGUUGUACAGAUUUACAAAUUCUUGUCGAUUUUCAACUGCAUCAGCCACAUCCCGCAGUUCAAAUUCUCCAGCAAGAGCAUCCAGACUCUCUACCAGAACGCAAAACGCGACAAGAAUGAAGUAAAGUCCGUAAUUCCAGCUCUCAAAAUUAUUUACUCGAAUGGAACAGAUGAAGACGCUGCCAAUAUAUUCACUUCCAUCCUCGAUGAAAUUACUUCACUCGAUGAAGACCUUCUUUCCUCUGUUUACACAUUAUUCAGCGCAUUACCUUAUUCCAACAACGCCGACAGGACAAAGAAGUUCUUCCCUCAAGAGAAGCUUAAGCAUUUUGUAGAAGAAGCCUCGAAGAGUUCUAAAGUCGUUCCGCCCGCUUUAUUACUUGCUUUGAUCGAAAUUUCCGCUUAUUCUGAGCAUCUCAUCACCGGACUCUCCAAGUCCAAGGAUACAUUUGAAAAGUUCCCAGAGUUGCUCUACCUCUUGACCCAAGCUCGCAUCAAAAAGCUCAAAUUCGAAGUACGUUGGGAUAAUUCAAUUCCAAGUGACACUUUUAUCGUCAACGAUAAACUUUACACCGUUUCAGGUGGCGACGACAAUCACUACACAAUUGUUGUCCGCGAUGCCGGCGGCGUCUCGGUAUUGACAUUAGACGAACUUCUUACAGACACAGGCAAGAACCCAACACUCGUUGACUUACCUAAAGGAACUGCAUCACCAGCACAUGCGAUGCAAGUCCUCCAGAUCGAUGUUCCUCAGACACCAGAGAUCUCGACAGAGGAUAUCCCAUCUCCCGAGCCAGUAAAGUCACUUACAAUGAAGCCAUUUGGACCAGUUCCAAGAAAUCCAGGCCGUCCUCCGAUUUUCGACGUAUUGAGGAUGCUUGAUUUGAUAUCAAACCCAGAAGUCCGCAUUCUUCCACGUUCAAACAACACGAUCAAGACACUUAAUGAGUUAGAUCAGACUCCAUCUCUCCCAACAAUCGAUGUUCCGAUCUACUACAUCAACCAGAUAUCUAAGUCAUUCGGUAUCGAAGCGAAUAACGAGGUACUUGCCAAGUUCUUCAACAGUUUCACUAAGGAAGAUACAUCAUUAAACUACACAAGGUAUCUUCUCACAACGAAUACUGUUAGAUUCGCAUUCGCCUCCAAAGAAAACAAGCCAUCACCGUUCGGAAUUGUUUUCAAUAACUCUGUCUUAGAUAUCAAGGAAGAAUCAAUGAAAGAUUUACCACAUAAGAUUAUUCUUUCUAUUACACCACUCGGACAGUCCAUGUUCAAGGUCCAGUUGCAUAGAAACUCCCUUUCAAUUCCGAUGGCAAUCGAUGGAAAGAUUCCGCAGAUAGUCAGCAUCAGAUCAAUGGCGUUCAUCUUCGUAUACUUCGGCCACUUGGCUAUUUCCGACAAUUACGAUAUCUACGCUUCACAAGUUAAGAAGAGAAAGGAUAUCAUUUCAAAGAUCAACGAAGGAAUGACACCAAUCGACUUCUUGUGUGAUAUUCAGGCUUAA